CAAAAUCUCCAGGAAAAGGCGAGCCCAGAGCUCGGAGGGGAGAUCGGGAAACCCCGCCCUCCAAUCUUGGGGUGAGGAAUUGGCAACCCAAGCCGGAACCCUAGACUUGGGGCGCGCUCUCAACCCAUGGCCAAUGAAAGAUAUUUGAGGGUUUAGGAUUAAGAACGCUUCUCACCCCAAUCCCUAAGGUCCGGCGAGGGUGUACCCUCGCCCCUCACCGGGAGCGCCCCCCGGCCACCCGCCCGGCCCCCGGCCCGCGUCGCUGCCCCUUUAAGAAGCCCAGGUAGGCAGGCCCGGCUGCGGGAGCCGCUCCUAUGGCAACCCGCGAGAUGCCGCGGCUUCAUGAAUAUUCCGGGGCGCGGGAGCUGAGCGCUGCCGGAGGGCGCUCUGGGGGAGGCGGCCGCUGAUGUAAGCCUGGCGGGCCGCUGGGCUCCGCUCGGUUGCGGCGGGAGCCCCGGGACCGGCCGGCCGGCCUCGGCCAGAGGAGGCGAAGAGAGCUCGAGAGUGGCUGAGCACAAAGCCGGGGCGGCGGGACAGACGGACAGCCCGCCUGCUCGCGGGACGCACGCCCGGGAGGCGCGCCGGCUGUGCGCUCUGCGCUCCGGAGCAGUUCUCCCGGCGCCGCGGCCCAAGCCCCGCUUCUCCCCGCGCCCAUUGUUCCCCGCGGGGGCGGGGCGCCUGGAGCCCAGCCGCGCGCCGCGCCCCUGAACGCAGGAGGGAGGAAGGGAGAAAGGGAGGGAGCGCGGGGUCCCCGCGCCCAGCCUGGCUCGGGAGGAGGCGCCGUGCGGCAAGCCCUGGGAGCCGGAGCGGGACUGGGCGCCUCCCGCGCGGCACGCAGCCUGCCCGAGCAUGGGCGCCUAGGCGGCCCGGCGCCGGCGGCGAAGGACGCGUCCCCGCGGGCGGACUGACCGGCCGGCGGACCUGGGGCCGGCCCGCGGCGCCGCACCCGUGCCCCUGGCCCGGGCCCGGCCCCCGCCCCUGGCGCCAUGGACAAGCUGCCGCCGUCUAUGCGCAAGCGGCUCUACAGCCUUCCGCAGCAGGUGGGGGCCAAGGCGUGGAUCAUGGACGAGGAAGAGGACGCCGAGGAAGAGGGGGCUGGGGGCCGCCAGGACCCCAGCCGCAGGAGCAUCCGGCUGCGGCCGCUGCCCUCGCCCUCGCCCUCGGCGGCCGCGGGCGGCACCGAGUCCCGGUGCGCGGCCCUCGGGGCGGCGGACGGCGAGGGGCCCGCCCGCGGCGCGGGCAAGUCCAGCACGAACGGCGACUGCAGGCGCUUCCGCGGGAGCCUGGCCUCGCUGGGCAGCCGGAGCGGCGGCGGAGCGGGGGGCGGCAGCAGUCACGGGCACCUGCAUGACUCCGCGGAGGAGCGGCGGCUCAUUGCCGAGGGCGACGCGUCCCCCGGCGAGGACAGGACGCCCCUGGGCCUGGCGGGCGAGCCCGAGCGCCCCUGCGCCUCGGCGCAGCCCGCAGCUUCUCCGCCGCCGCCCCAGCAGUCGCCGCAGCCGGCCUCCGCCUCCUGCGAGCAGCCCUCGGUGGACACAGCUAUCAAAGUGGAGGGAGGUGCGGCCGCCGGCGACCAGAUCCUCCCCGAGGCUGAGGUGCGCCUGGGCCAGGCCGGUUUCAUGCAACGCCAGUUCGGGGCCAUGCUCCAGCCCGGGGUCAACAAAUUCUCCCUGAGGAUGUUCGGCAGCCAGAAAGCCGUGGAGCGUGAGCAGGAGAGGGUAAAGUCGGCCGGGUUUUGGAUCAUCCACCCCUACAGCGACUUCAGAUUCUACUGGGACCUGACCAUGCUGCUGCUAAUGGUGGGGAACCUGAUCAUCAUCCCUGUGGGCAUCACCUUCUUCAAAGAUGAGAACACCACACCCUGGAUCGUCUUCAAUGUGGUGUCAGACACGUUCUUCCUCAUCGACUUGGUCCUCAACUUCCGCACAGGGAUCGUGGUGGAGGACAACACAGAGAUCAUCCUGGACCCGCAGCGGAUUAAGAUGAAGUACCUCAAAAGCUGGUUCGUGGUGGAUUUCAUCUCUUCCAUCCCCGUGGACUACAUCUUUCUCAUUGUGGAGACGCGCAUCGACUCGGAGGUCUACAAGACAGCCCGGGCCCUGCGCAUCGUCCGCUUCACCAAGAUCCUCAGCCUCCUGCGCCUUCUGCGUCUCUCCCGCCUCAUUCGAUACAUUCACCAGUGGGAAGAGAUCUUCCACAUGACCUACGACCUGGCGAGCGCCGUGGUCCGCAUCGUGAACCUCAUCGGCAUGAUGCUGCUGCUGUGCCACUGGGACGGCUGCCUGCAGUUCCUGGUGCCCAUGCUGCAGGACUUCCCCGACGACUGCUGGGUGUCCAUCAACGGCAUGGUGAACAACUCCUGGGGAAAGCAGUACUCCUACGCGCUGUUCAAGGCCAUGAGCCACAUGCUGUGCAUCGGGUAUGGACGGCAGGCGCCCGUGGGCAUGUCCGACGUCUGGCUCACCAUGCUCAGCAUGAUCGUGGGCGCCACCUGCUACGCCAUGUUCAUCGGCCAUGCCACCGCCCUCAUCCAGUCCCUGGACUCCUCCCGCCGCCAGUACCAGGAGAAGUACAAGCAGGUGGAGCAGUACAUGUCCUUCCACAAGCUCCCGCCCGACACCCGGCAGCGCAUCCAUGACUACUAUGAGCACCGCUACCAGGGCAAGAUGUUCGAUGAGGAGAGCAUCCUGGGCGAGCUGAGUGAGCCGCUGCGGGAGGAGAUCAUCAACUUUAACUGCCGGAAGCUGGUGGCCUCCAUGCCUCUGUUUGCCAACGCGGACCCCAACUUCGUGACAUCCAUGCUGACCAAGCUGCGCUUCGAGGUCUUCCAGCCAGGCGACUACAUCAUCCGCGAGGGCACCAUCGGCAAGAAGAUGUACUUCAUCCAGCACGGCGUGGUCAGCGUGCUCACCAAGGGCAACAAAGAGACCAAGCUGGCGGAUGGAUCCUACUUCGGAGAGAUCUGCCUGCUGACGCGGGGCCGGCGCACGGCCAGCGUGCGGGCUGACACCUAUUGCCGCCUGUACUCGCUGAGCGUGGACAACUUCAACGAGGUGCUGGAGGAGUACCCCAUGAUGCGGCGGGCCUUCGAGACGGUGGCGCUGGACCGCCUGGACCGCAUCGGCAAGAAGAACUCCAUCCUCCUACACAAAGUCCAGCACGACCUCAACUCAGGCGUCUUCAACUACCAGGAGAACGAGAUCAUCCAGCAGAUCGUGCAGCACGACCGUGAGAUGGCCCACUGUGCGCACCGUGUCCAGGCCGCCGCCUCGGCCGCCCCGACCCCCACGCCCGUCAUCUGGACCCCGCUGAUCCAGGCGCCGCUGCAGGCCGCCGCCGCUACCACUUCUGUGGCCAUAGCCCUCACUCACCACCCGCGCCUGCCCGCUGCCAUCUUCCGCCCUCCCCCGGGCCCUGGGCUCGGCAGCCUCGGGGCGGGGCAGACACCCCGGCACCUGAAGCGGCUGCAGUCCUUGAUCCCUUCCGCACUGGGUUCUGCCUCACCCGCCAGCAGCCCAUCUCAGGUGGACACGCCGUCGUCUUCCUCCUUCCACAUCCAACAGCUGGCUGGAUUCUCUGCCCCCGCCGGACUGAGCCCCCUCCUACCUUCAUCCAGCUCUUCCCCACAGCCCGGGGUCUCUGGCUCCUCUCCCGCUCCCACACCGUCCACCAGCGCAGCUGGCAUCACCACAGCUGGUUUUGGCCACUUCCACAAGGCACUGGGCGGCUCCCUGUCCUCUUCCGACUCACCCCUGCUCACCCCAUUGCAGCCGGGUGCCCGCUCCCCACAGGCUAACCAGCCGCCUCCCCCACUGCCGGGGGCCCGGGGAGGCCUGGGACUCCUGGAGCACUUCCUGCCACCCCCACCCUCGUCCAGGUCCCCAUCCAGUCCUGGGCAGCUGGGCCAACCUCCCGGGGAGUUGUCCCCAGGUCUGGCUGCAGGCCCAUCAGCUACGCCAGAGACACCCCCACGGCAGCCUGAGCGCCCGUCUGUGGCAGGGGCCUCUGGGGGGGCUUCUCCUGUAGCCUUUACCCCCCGAGGAGGUCUCAGCCCCCCUGGCCACAGCCCAGGCCCUCCAAGAACUUUCCCGAGUGCCCCACCCCGGGCCUCUGGUUCCCAUGGUUCCUUGCUCCUGCCACCUGUAUCCAGCCCCCCGCCCCCCCAGGUUCCCCAGCACCGGGGCACACCACCCCUCACCCCAGGCCGCCUCACCCAGGACCUCAAGCUCAUCUCAGUCUCUCAACCGACCCUACCCCAGGAUGGGGCGCAGACUCUCCGCAGAGCCUCCCCUCACUCUUCUGGGGAGUCGGUGGCUGCCUUCCCGCUCUUCCCCAGAGCCGGGGGUGGCAGCGGGAGCAGCGGUGGCCUCGGCCCUCCUGGGAGGCCCUAUGGUGCCAGCCCUGGCCAGCAUGUCACUCUGCCUCGGAAGACAUCCUCAGGUUCUUUGCCACCCCCUCUUUCUUUCUUUGGGGCAAGAGCCACCUCUUCUGGGGGCCCCGCUCUGACUGCUGCUCCCCAGAGGGAACCUGGGGCCAGGUCUGAGCCAGUGCGCUCCAAACUGCCGUCCAAUCUAUGAGCUGGGGCCCCUCCCUCCCUCUUUUCUCCUUUCUUCCUUCAGGUUUAACUGUGAUUAGGAGAUACACCAAUAACAAUAAUAAUUAUCAUUAAAAAAAAAAACUCACUCCAGAAAAACAAAAGACAGCAGAAAAUAACCAGGUAUUCUUAGAGCUAUAGAUUUUUGGUCACUUGCUUUUAUAAACUAUUUUAAUACUCAGCACUGGGGGGUGGGGGGGUGGGGGAGGAGAGCAGGCAAGGCCCAAAUGCAAAAGCUGGAGGAAAGCGGGAUUGCUGGGGCUUGGUAGGGGUGGGGGUGACCCAUGUUUGGGGUUUCUAGAGCAGACCUGUCAUUGUAUUCGUUUUAGGGCACCAGCCACCACCAGCCCCUUAGCUGUGAACUUGGCACGCCACUCUGCUGGGCGUUACCUUGUUCCCCAGGGAAGGGGCUGCCUUUGGGUGUCUUCCUGGGAGUGCUCAGUCACCUGAGUCCUUGGAACAAAACGGGGCCAGGGCCCUGAGAAUCUUGUUCUUUCUUUUUUUUUUACUGCAAAUGUAGCAAGAUAUGUAUAUGUAUAUGUAUGUAAGACUUGUAUACGUAUAGCUAUGUAUAGCUAUGUAGUGCUCUGUGGAGCCAUGUAGAUAGCCAUUCACCUGUGUGCACAUGUGUGUGCAAUCUAGUGUAACCCCAUGUUGUCAGGACACCCAGGUCACCUUACAUCUAGCAGCCCGCCUUGGCCUGAAGGCUGGGCACUGCAGGGUCUGGGGGAAAUAAUUCUUUCCAGUCCUCAGGGAAGAGGACCGCAGGACCUCCCAACAGGCCCGCUCUCCCUAUCUUUGGUCUCAGAUCCAAUCCUAGCCCAGCCUCUCACCACAAGGAAGCAGAAGAGUCUGGGCUGUGCCUCUCCUUUCCUGUAGGUCCUCAAGCAUAUCCUGUCACCUCUGUGGCCCUCAGUUCUUUUGUCUGUACAGUGGGAGGCGAAGGGAACUUUUAGUUAUUAUGUCUGCUCUGUGCCAAGCACUGGUUUAGCACUUUACACACAUCAACUCCUUCAAUUUCACAAAGACCGUGAUUCUCCCCAUUUCACAGAUGAGGAAACAGAGUUUUGGGUAAUUUUUCCAGAAUCACGUAAUUAGGCAUGGGAAAGCUGGGACAGAUCUGAGAUUUAAAUUCAUGUUUGCCUGAGGCUAAAGCCUAGAUUCCUUCCAUUAGAAAACUGUGUUGAGAGUCUGAGCUAGACUAUUCCCAAGCGUGGUUCAGAAGGUAGAGACCAGAUUUUGGAGGCAAUAAAAAUCUGGAGCGUUCGAAUCCCAGCCGUGCCACUUAGCUAUGUGACCUUGGACAAGUUAUCUGACCUUCCUGAGGCUGUUACCUCAUAUGUAAAUUGGGAAUAAUUACGGUACCUUCUCACGAGGACCAGAUGAGAAAAGUAGUGUAUGUGAAAUGCCCAGCCCAGCGCCUGGCACAUGCCAUAGUAGGUGCUCAAUAAACCAUAUUUCUUCUGCCCCUCCAUGCACCGCAGGCCCAGCCCAUUGCUCCAGCAAGCUGUGGGGAGAGCCCAGGGAGCUUUGGCUGAGGGCUCCAAGACUUACGAUCUCAGGACAUGGGAGGUAGCGGGGCCUCCCGAAGGGCCUAAGAAAGGUCUUAGGUGUGUGGCCAAGGUAGGCUUGAGCCAGGCCUUGCGAUGAGGGAUGAGUUAGAGAAAGGGAGGGAGGAAAAGAAAGGAAGGAGGGAGACAGGGUGGAGUGGAAUGCACAGUGGGGAACCUGACAAUGGUGGAGUCGGGCUUUGGGAGAUCCCGAGGCCAGUGGUCAGAGGGAGGGCCUUGGAUGACAGACGGGCUGAGGGGAUUGGCCAGCUUCUGCAGGCAACUAGGAGCCAGAAGCAGGCCUGAUGUGGGGGUCACUGUGACGCAGCCCAGAUGCCUCCUGAAGCACAGUCAUCCCCAAGCAGACCCUACCGAGCCCAGGUCAGCGGCCUGCCUCCUGCUUGUAUGGUAGCACAGGUUUGGCUACCAAGACCUGGCUAAAGAGGAGGGCUGGGCCCACGGUGUCCUUCCACAAUGGUCCUCGCUCCAAGCCAGAAUGUUGACAAAAUCAGGUUUUGUCCUGAGCUGUUCUGAGAUAGGGGACAGACCAGUUUUUGCAGUGAUGAGCCACAGGACAUGAGGCAAUCAUCCAGGAGAGAAGAGGGGUGUCAGGGAGAGAUGAGACGCCGCCUGGUCUCGGUCCCUACCAGGCAGGCGAAGCCCCUCAGGCCCAGGCAGCUCUCAGCUAGAAUUGAAACGGAAGCUUCAACCUGCUUCUGCUCACACCCCUAAGAAGGCAGCAGGGCCCGCUCAAUCCAAACCCACAGUCUAGUCCUGGAAGGGGCAGGAGUGGGGGCGCAGGGUCCAAGGGCAUGAGGAAUGAGGACAACCCCUUGCCAUCAGGGCCUGGACACACACGCACGCACAUUUUAUAAAAGCUCUGACCCAGCCCCGCCACUCUGUGGAGAUGGGAAGCCAGGGCCGGUCAGUGGACCGUUCGAUCCCCAAUCCCUCACAAGCAAUUUUCAAAUCUUCCACUUUUAAAACAGAAAACGGUAACUGCGCCGUGUUGUAUAUUUUAUUUAAAUAAAAAAAUUCCA